UUUUCUCUGUUCUUAGAGUUAUUUCUUCACAAUGAGGCUAAUUAGCACAACUUCUGCAGUUGCUACUUUGCUGUUUCUUGUAGUAAUUCUACCUAGUAUUCAACUGACAGAGGCACAAAUUGGCGUAUGUAACGGGAGACUAGGCAACAACUUACCUUCCGAGGAAGAUGUUGUAAGCUUGUACAAGUCGAGGGGAAUAACGAGGAUGAGAAUCUAUGACCCUAACCAACGGACCCUCCAAGCGGUUAGAGGAUCGAAUAUAGGGCUAAUCGUCGAUGUCCCUAAGCGUGACCUAAGGUCACUCGGCUCCGAUGCUGGGGCUGCGUCUCGUUGGGUCCAAAACAAUGUAGUCCCUUACGCGUCUAAUAUUCGAUACAUAGCAGUUGGUAAUGAAAUAAUGCCUAAUGAUGCCGAGGCAGGGUCAAUUGUCCCGGCCAUGCAAAAUGUCCAAAAUGCCCUUCGAUCAGCUAAUUUAGCUGGUAGAAUUAAAGUCUCUACCGCGAUAAAAAGUGACCUCGUUGCUAACUUCCCACCCUCUAAAGGUGUUUUUACUUCUUCAUCAUACAUGAAUCCAAUUGUUAACUUCCUUAAAAAUAACAAUUCACCUUUGUUAGCCAACAUUUACCCUUACUUUUCUUUCAUUGGCACCCCAAGUAUGCGUCUAGAUUAUGCACUCUUUACUUCACCUAAUGCCCAAGUUAAUGAUAAUGGUUUACAAUACCAAAAUGUCUUUGAUGCUUUAGUAGACACUGUGUAUGCGGCCUUAGCGAAGGCCGGUGCCCCCAAUGUGCCGAUUGUUGUGUCCGAGAGUGGGUGGCCUUCGGCUGGUGGUAAUGCUGCUAGUUUUUCUAACGCGGGGACUUAUUACAAGGGCUUAAUUGGUCAUGUAAAGCAAGGAACUCCCCUGAAGAAAGGACAAGCAAUUGAGGCAUAUUUGUUUGCUAUGUUUGAUGAGAACCAAAAGGGUGGAGGUAUUGAGAACAAUUUUGGACUGUUUACUCCCAAUAAACAGCCAAAAUACCAACUCAAUUUCAAUAAUUGAAAGUAGUUUAAUUGCCUAGUAUAUAUAUAUAUAUGCUAAUAUGUUGUAUGUAGUUAUGUCAUCUACAUAUAUAAUAAGUGAAAUCAAACACCCGAUCAUAGACUAAAAUUGUAAUAAAAGAUCCUCCUGUUGUAAUAUUAUCCUAGCUGCAAUAAUAUUUACUCUUAUAUAGAGAUCUUGUGAAAAAA